CCUCAUCACCACAAAAUACUAACAAAACAAGACCGUGUUUGAAAGCUUCUUCCCUUCCAAGCUCAUCGUGUUCAUCCUUGAGAACAAGUAAACCAACACGACAACACCAUGGGAAGAAAGCUCGAUGCUCUCCUUGGUCGAAACUUCAGAACCAAAAAGUUCAAAGCAACCGUUAAUCUCGCCAUGUCACGUCUAACCAUCCUCAAAAACCAGCAUCAUGCUCGCCUCACCGUCGCUCGCUCUGAUAUCAUCCAACUCCUCAACCUUAAUCACCACGAACACGCUCUUCUUCGCGUUGGUGAAGUGAUCAAGGAGCAAAACAUGUUAGAUGUGCUUGCAAUGGUGGAUGGGUAUUGUCAUCUACUUAUACAAAUGGUCAAACUCAUAGAAAAAGAGAGAUAUUGUCCGGAUGAACUUAAAGAACCUGUAUCAAGCUUGAUAUUCGCAGCUCCAAGAUGCGGGGAGUUCCCCGAGCUUCAAGAGAUUCGUGCGAUUCUAACCGCUCGUUAUGGGAAGGAAUUUAAAUUUGCUCAUGGUGAUAUCGAGCUACGAAAUAGUUGUGGGGUUAAUACAAGGAUGGUACAAAAACUGUCACCGCGACAGACGAGAUUGGAGACCCGAAUAAAGACCCUACAGGAAAUCGCUAACGAAAACGACAUAGUUUUGAAACUUGGAGACUUGGAGAAUCCGAUUCAUACAGAGGAGGAGGGUGAAUCAACUAAUGGUGACACCGCGAGAAAUUCGUGUGCUUUGGAUUUUGAUGAUGUUUUGAGUUUUACGGAAUCUGUAAAAGGGAAAAUUAAAUACAAGGGUGUUGAAGAUGCUGCACAGGCUGCUUUUGAGUCAGCAGCCUGUGCAGCAUCUGCCGCACUGGCGGUAGUGGAGUUUUCUCGAUUACAAUCCACCGGUUCUGAUAAUACCGAUAGCUCGAAUUCUGGACCAAAAAAUGUACUUGGUUCCAUCCCUGAUGAAUCAAAAUUCCCAAUGAAUUUAGCGAAAACCGAGGAGACGGAAUCUGAAUAUGAAUCCGGAUCUGAAGCCGAACCUGAACACGAACACGAACACGAGAGUGAAAUAUCAAAGAUUGGUUCUGAUUCAGAUGGGUCCAAGGGAUUGGAGAAGACUAAAGUUUUUAAUGAAAGUAACAAUGAGAUAAUUGAGGACAAAAGUAGUGAUAUAUUGUCAUCAAAACAAAAAGAGUUUGGUAUUGGAAGCAGUAAAUUACAAUUUGGGGAAGUACUAAAGAUGCAACAAUCUGAUUUAACAAAGAAGCAAAUUGUUGUGAGGUCUUUUUAAAGCAGUGUUUGGACAAUAUUUGGUAUGAAUGUGUUCAAAGUUUUGUAAUCUAUGGUUAUAGUACUUGUUUAGAUUAUCUAUUUCAUUUAUUUGUUAUGUUCUUUGAUCUUCAGAAUUAUAUGGCUAUUCUUAUUAUUAUUUUU